AUGUACUACAAUCUACAAACUUGUUAGUCAAACUUGAAUUAAAAAAAAAUUUCAAGGAGCUUUGAAGAUCCAUGGCGAUGUCUCAUGUCCAGCCCAUGCUUCUCAUCCUCGCAUCACUCUUCUUCUUACCAACUUUGCUCAACGCCAUCGAUUUCGAAUACUGCGCUAAAAAUGGAAACGAUUACGGUACCGUCACUCGCAUUGAGGUCUCUCCGUCUGUUGGGUCUCACGGAAACCCAACCAUCAAUAUAAAUUUAUUCGGUUCCGCAAGCAAAAACAUCUCCCCGGGAACCCUUGUGUACGUAGCCUUUAGAUCUGGGGAUUUUACUGGCCUUUUAAAAACUUACAAUCUUUGUGAUGUGAGUACAUGUAACACUGAAUCUGAGAUUGAAGCUGGCACCAACUUUGAGUUAACUCUUUCCGACGUUCUUUAUGUUGGUUUUGAUGAGGAAAUCAAGUAUUCGGUAUCUUUGCGCCAAAAGACCUUAGAGGAGGAGGAUCCAAUAAUAAAAAUGUGUGUCGACUUCAAAGUACCUGCCCCAGCUCUUGCUUUGGUCUCUAUGAAGAUUCCGAUGAGAAACUCGCCGUCCAAGAACGGGUCGGCGGGAGGGCAUUCUCGUACUUUCACCGACACUAUAUGGUCUCCCGUUUUCAAGUCCGGUUUCGGAAUAUCUUCCAACAGAUCCUACGCCCUAAUCUCCCUCCUCAUCCUCCUCAUAGCCGGCGCGUUUAUCUCCACGCGCCUCCUCCUCGACACCACCACCGUUCUGAUAGAGAAAGAAGCCGCGACGACGACGACGACUAAAACUCAAACUCAGACGAUAUCCCCAAAAUACCCUCGACCAACCACGGAAAUUACACAAAGCCCUAAACCGGAGUUCACACUACACUGCUCCGCCAACGAAACCACCGCGUCAUGUCCGAGAAACAAAUACCCGACGACGACGAGCUUCGGAGAAGAUGACGAUACAAACCAUCCUCCGAACGCCACGUGUCCUGAUUACUUCCGUUGGAUCCACGAGGAUCUCCGUCCAUGGUCGAGUACGGGAAUCACGAGGGAAGCAUUGGAGCGAGCCAAAAAGACGGCGAAUUUCCGGCUAGCGAUCAUCGACGGGAAAAUUUACGUCGAGAAGUUUCAAGAUGCGUUUCAGACAAGAGAUGUGUUCACCAUUUGGGGAUUUUUACAGCUUUUAAGAAAGUACCCUGGGAAGAUUCCAGAUCUCGAGCUAAUGUUUGACUGUGUUGACUGGCCGGUCGUUAAAGCAACGGAAUUCGCCGGGGCUAACGCGCCGUCCCCUCCGCCGCUGUUUCGUUACUGUGGGAAUGAGGAGACUCUUGAUAUCGUGUUUCCUGAUUGGUCCUUUUGGGGAUGGGCGGAGGUGAAUAUAAAGCCAUGGGAGAGUUUGUUGAAGGAACUAAGAGAAGGGAAUCAGAGGACUAAAUGGAUAAACAGAGAGCCUUAUGCUUAUUGGAAAGGUAAUCCAAUGGUUGCAGAGACACGACAAGAUCUUAUGAAAUGUAAUGUCUCUGAGGAACACGAGUGGAACGCUCGUUUGUAUGCUCAGGAUUGGAUCAAAGAAUCAAAGGAAGGCUACAAGCAGUCAGAUUUGGCAAGCCAAUGCCAUCACAGAUACAAAAUAUAUAUAGAAGGGUCUGCAUGGUCAGUUAGCGAGAAGUACAUUUUGGCAUGUGACUCGGUGACUCUGUUGGUGAAACCACAUUACUAUGAUUUCUUUACCCGAGGCUUGCUUCCGGCUCACCAUUAUUGGCCCGUUAGGGAGCACGAUAAGUGUCGCUCUAUCAAAUUUGCCGUUGAUUGGGGGAACUCUCACAUUCAAAAGGCACAGGAUAUUGGAAAGGCAGCCAGCGAUUUCAUCCAACAAGAACUCAAGAUGGACUAUGUGUAUGAUUACAUGUACCAUCUUUUAACCGAAUACUCGAAACUCCUCCGGUUUAAACCCGAGAUUCCUCAGAAUGCCGUGGAGAUUUGUUCGGAAACAAUGGCAUGUCCAAGAAGCGGGAAUGAGCGGAAGUUCAUGACGGAAUCAUUUGUAAAGCACCCUGCGGAGUCUGGUCCGUGUGCCAUGCCGCCUCCGUAUGAUCCGGCAUCGCUUUAUGGGGUUGUGAAGAGGAAACAGAGUACUAAUACGAGAAUCCUACAGUGGGAGAUGAAGUACUGGAGCAAGCAGAAUCAAACCGGCUCUUGAAUUCUUUUAGCUUCAUUUCGGUUUUUGUUGUGUAGAGAAAAUAAAAUAUAUAUACAAGUAUAACCAAUGUUGUAGAUUACUAGAUUUAUGUUUCAAGUUUAGGUUAUUCACACGAAACUCAAAAUGAAAAACUCUCAUAAUG